GGAGGGUUACUCACAGUGCGGUUUCGAGGCGCGUUUCAGCUUAUUUUUGUGUUGGUGGAGAAAAGGGGGAGCUCUUUUCGCUUUCCUCACCAUAUUUCCUCAUUAAAAUCUACUGAGUGAACGAGGAGGAGAAGGAAGGAAGAGAUUGGGAGCUGCCAGCUGCCACCUCAACAUGGUGUAGCCGUGCUUCUGAAAACGGCAAGAAACACAAAGAAAAAUCCGCGUGAAACCUUAAAAAAGCGUCACCAAUGAAGAGAUACAGUAUUGCAGCGAUACAAUCCGUGUGAAGGAAGAAGGAUAGACAUUGCAAUUUGUAUUUAUUAUUUAAAAGAUGGCGAACGACUCUCCAGCUAAAAGUCUGGUGGACAUAGACCUUUCUUCUCUGCGGGAUCCUGCCGGAAUUUUUGAGCUGGUGGAAGUAGUUGGAAAUGGCACCUAUGGACAAGUAUACAAGGGACGACAUGUCAAAACAGGCCAACUUGCAGCCAUCAAAGUUAUGGAUGUUACCGAGGAUGAAGAGGAGGAAAUUAAACUGGAGAUUAAUAUGCUUAAAAAAUACUCUCACCACAGAAACAUUGCCACUUACUAUGGAGCUUUCAUAAAGAAAAGUCCCCCAGGACACGAUGACCAGCUGUGGCUUGUCAUGGAAUUCUGUGGGGCAGGUUCCAUCACAGACCUGGUGAAGAACACAAAGGGAAACACCCUGAAGGAAGACUGGAUCGCAUACAUCUCCCGAGAGAUCCUCCGGGGAUUGACACAUCUUCAUGCCCACCAUGUGAUUCACCGUGACAUUAAAGGCCAGAAUGUUUUGCUGACUGAAAAUGCAGAAGUGAAGCUGGUGGAUUUCGGUGUGAGUGCACAACUGGACAGGACUGUGGGUAGGAGGAACACGUUUAUUGGGACACCAUACUGGAUGGCUCCUGAGGUCAUUGCCUGUGAUGAAAACCCAGAUGCAACCUAUGACUAUAGAAGCGACUUGUGGUCCUGUGGGAUCACGGCUAUUGAAAUGGCAGAAGGAGCUCCUCCCCUUUGUGACAUGCAUCCCAUGAGAGCACUUUUCCUUAUUCCCAGGAAUCCUCCACCAAGGCUUAAAUCGAAGAAGUGGUCCAAGAAGUUCUUCAGUUUCAUAGAGGGCUGUUUAGUAAAGAACUACACACAGCGUCCUCCAACGGAGCAACUGCUGAAACACCCCUUCAUCCGAGACCAGCCCAACGAGAGACAGGUCCGAAUCCAGCUCAAAGACCACAUCGACAGGACCCGGAAGAAGAGAGGAGAGAAAGAUGAAACAGAGUAUGAAUACAGUGGGAGUGAAGAAGAGGAAGAGGAGGUCCCUGAACAGGAAGGAGAGCCAAGCUCCAUCGUGAAUGUCCCGGGUGAAUCGACGCUGCGGCGGGACUUCCUGCGGUUGCAGCAGGAGAACAAGGAGCGCUCUGAGGCCCUGAGGAGACAGCAGCUUCUCCAGGAGCAGCAACUGCGUGAGCAGGAGGAGUACAAGAGGCAGCUGCUGGCUGAGCGGCAGAAACGUAUUGAGCAGCAGAAGGAGCAGAGGAGGCGGCUUGAGGAGCAACAAAGGUGUGAGCGAGAGGUUCGGAGGCAACAGGAGCGGGAACAGAGGCGCCGGGAGCAGGAAGAGAAGCGCAGAAUGGAAGAGAUGGAGCGCAGGCGCAAGGAGGAGGAGGAACGCAGGAGAGCAGAAGAGGAGAAGAGGAGGGUCGAGAGAGAGCAGGAGUACAUCAGGCGACAGCUGGAGGAGGAACAGCGACACUUGGAAAUUCUUCAGCAGCAGCUGCUCCAUGAGCAGGCCAUGUUACUGGAGUACAAAUGGCGGGAGAUGGAAGAGCAGCGUCAGGCAGAGAGGCUGCAACGUCAGUUACAGCAGGAGCAGGCCUACCUUCUUUCACUGCAGCACGACCAUAGGCAGCAGCAAGACAGGAAUAAACAGCAGCCACAGCAGCAGCAACCAUACCAGCCCGCAGAGCUGAAACCCCAGCCCCAUGAACCAGCAGAGCGAGCAAGAGAGGCUGACGAAAGGUUUCGAAAGACUAUUCAGGGCUCACCUCAAUCGCAAUCAAAACUGCCUAGCAAAGUGUUGGAGCCUCCAGUGCCUUCCCGAUCAGAGUCCUUCUCAAAUGGCAACUCUGAGCCUGCCCCGUCAGCAAUGCACAGGCCAGUGGAACCACAGGUACAGUGGUCCCACCUGGCAUCUCUCAAGAAUAGCGCUUCCCCCGUGUCUCGAUCCCAUUCCUUCAGCGACCCUUCUCCU